AUGUCGUCACCUAUAGAAAGAAUGCCGCUGGAACUCUGGUUUGAAGUCUUUGAUUACCUGGAACCAUACCAAAUGUUCGGAAUCAGACGAGUCAGUAGCACCUUUUACAAUAACACGUCUACAAGACUACCCGCGGCUCUAUGUUGUAGUCUUUAUGGUCUUACACCAGAUCUUUGGCUUUACAUCUGCGAACAUCUCGAUUACGUCUCCAUAAAGGCCGUUAUGUUUUCCACCAAUAUCUUUGAGCUUCUCCUGACCCGUAAACGAACGCCCCGUCUCGAUUCCCUAUUAUUUCGGGAAAAACCUCCUAGUACUUGGGAAGAACACAUAGACCAAAUGAACGACUUCGACAGAAAUAUAGUUAUGCACCCAAUUUUCAAAGACUUCCCUCUCGACGAUUUGAUAUACUACCACCGGGCUACCCCAGAAGAAAAGAAAGAUUUUGGACGCACUAGGAUCGGUCCUUGGUUCUCUAAGUCCGUCGAUGAAAAUGCGAGUUCUCCGCCGCUUCUUAAGCUCCGUCUCGUUUGCUGGACAACUUGUACGGAAAACCAUAAUGCGGAACCUCAUAUAAUUCACACUUGUAUAGCGAAUUUCGAUGUUAGUGAUACAUGCGAGUCUAUCUUGGUUUCGGAUAUCUUUAAAGCCUUUUCAAGGGCUUUAUGCGAACCAGCGAUUGUUGAAGACAGACAUGGAAAUCAGGAACAAGUCGCUGUCUACCAUCAUGCGAUCAAGGAAUAUCCAAGUAACGCCUAUAUGCUCUCUAGAUUUUCUAUCCGGAAGCCUAAGUUUUUUGGCUCUGAGUCUACGUGGAUCGAAAUCAUGCCCAACUAUCACUACAUUUGA